AUGGGACCACCGCUGCUGUUGCUGUCUUUUAUUCUGUCUGCUAUACAAGCACAGAUUAUUCUCCCUUUGAGUGAUGCGAAGUGGACUAUCAGUGGCCCGGCUCUGAACCGCACUGUUCCUGGAUAUCUGCCAUCCCAGGUUCACUUGGAUCUGCUGAAGGCUGGAGUGAUUGAUGAGCCCUACUACCGUCUGAAUGAUUUCGAUUUGCGCUGGAUUGGUGAUUCCAAUUGGACUUAUACUAGUGACCCGAUAGAGGGUUUGGUGAGAAAAUUUGAAUCUACAUGGCUGGUAUUUUAUGGGUUGGAUACUUUUGCGACCAUUUCAUUUUGUGGGAAAGAGGUAGCUUCCACAGAAAAUCAAUUCCGUCAAUACUACUUCGAUGUUUCCGAUAUCUUGAGACAUUGCGCGGGAAGCCCUGCCGUGAGUCUCAAUUUCGGCAGCGCACCGGCAAUGGCGGACAAGCUUGCCCAAGGUCAACACACGUACAAAUUCCCCGUGCCCCUUGAUUUUGAGCUUUCCAAUCGAUGGUACAUACGCAAACAGCAGUCUGAUUUCGGAUGGGAUUGGGGCCCCGCAUUUUCCCCCGUCGGCCCAUGGAAACCUGCAUACAUUGUGCAGUUUGACAGGUUGGGGAGCAUUUACCCCUUGAAUACGGACCUGGAUAUUCAUCGGAAGGGUCAGAUCAAUCAUUUAUCUUCCGACCAAAACCAGCCUUGGGUGGUGAAUGCUAGUGUUGAUUUUCUAGGAUCUAUGCCUCGUAAUCCGUCUAUGUCGGUUGAGAUUAGAGACACCGACACGGAUUCGGUUCUUAUCUCAAAAGCCUUUUCCAAUGUCACUGUGUCUAGCGGUUCCAUCACCGGUGUCGCAGUACUCAACGACGUGCAGCCAAAGCUAUGGUGGCCUCACGGUCUUGGCUCGCAACCUUUGUACCGACUCUCAGUCACCAUUAGCAGCGAUUUGCAAUCGCAGUCGAUCAUCUGUAUCACAAAGCGAGUUGGUUUCCGCACCAUCUUUUUCAAUCAGCGUAAUAUCACGGAGCAACAGCUUGCACAAGGGGUUGCCCCAGGUAGCAACUGGCAUUUCGAGAUAAAUGGCCACGAGUUCUACGUCAAAGGGUCCAAUUUAAUACCGCCUGAUGCCUUUUGGCCCCGAGUCACCGAAGACAAGAUGGCAAGACUGUUCGAUGCGGCCAUUGAAGCCAAUCAGAAUAUGCUCCGCGUUUGGUCAUCGGGCAGUUACCUCCCUGACUUCAUGUACGAUCUGGCUGAUGAAAAAGGUCUGCUUCUCUGGAGUGAAUUUCAGUUCAGCGAUGCCAUGUACCCUAUCCAUCAAGAAUUUCUCGACAAUGUUGCUAGCGAAGUGGUAUACAACGUCCGACGCGUGAAUCACCAUCCGUCUCUGGCGUUAUGGUGCGGUGGCAAUGAAAUUGAAGCGAUCGUACUCCUCUUCAUUAACAUGACAAAUCCAGCGGAGCAUCCGCGGGCUGUCGGAGAGUACGAGGCCCUGUACAUCAAGCAUAUAAUGCCUCUGGUGUACGAAAAUACUCGGUCAAUUACCUACAGCCCCAGCAGCUCAACAAACGGCUAUCUAGACAUCGAUCUAUCUGCAUCCAUCCCCAUGGUGGAACGAUACAACAACAUCACCUUUGGACACUACUAUGGCGCCACGGAAUACUACCAAUACGACAGCCGCGUUGCAUUCAACCUCUCCGCCUACCCUGUAGGUCGGUUUGCAGUUGAAUUCGGGUAUCACAGCAUGCCUAGUCUUCAAACCUGGCAGCAGGCGCUCGAUCCCUCUGACCUGCACUUCAAUAGUUCCGUUGUAAUGCUUCGGAACCACCAUUACCCAGCCUCCAGCAGAAAUACCAGUAACUUCCACAAUUCAUCCAUCGGAAUGGGCGAGCUAACCAUGGCCGUGGAACGCUACUACCCCAUCCCCCACAAACAGGACCCCGUCGUGAACUUCAGUGCCUGGUGUCACGCCACUCAGCUCUUCCAGGCGGACUGGUACAAGAGUGAGAUCCAGUUCUACCGACGCGGCAGCGGCAUGCCCGAACGACAGCUCGGAGCCCUGUACUGGCAGCUCGAAGACAUCUGGCAGGCGCCGUCGUGGGCGGGAAUCGAGUACGACGGACGCUGGAAGGUCCUCCACUACACCGUCCGGGACAUCUACAAGCCGAUCAUCGUCUCCCCAUUCUUGAACUCCACCGUCAACUCUCUAGACAUCCACGUCAUUUCCGAUCUGUGGGAACCGGCCACCGGCACCGUUCGUCUCACUUGGCUCGACCUCCGGGGUAGACCGAUCCCUGCAAAUGCCGGCUCGCCGACCCCGAUAUCGUUCAAUGUGGGUGCUCUCAACACGACUAAGGUCUAUAGCACCGGUCUGGACAAGCUCAGUCUAGCCGACCCACGAAACUCGAUUCUUCUGAUCUCUCUUGAGGCCAAAGGACGUCUGCCUAAUACGAAGGAAAUUGUAUCUUUUACCCAUGAGAAUCAUUUCGUUCCGGUUACUCCAAAGGAUUUGAAACUAGUAGAUCCAGGCCUGAAACUCGCCUAUUAUAAAGGCUCUGAUAAAUUUGCGGUGGAAGCUACAUCCGGAGUAUCUUUGUACACCUGGUUAGAUUAUCCGGCCGGUCAGGUGGGUUACUUCACCGAAAACGCAUUCGUUCUGGCUCCGGGCCAGAAGAAAGAAAUUGAAUUCGUCGUCCAGGUGGAUAGUGAGUGUGAUGAUUGGAUGGAUAAGGUUACAGUGCAGAGCCUUUGGGACCAAGCCCUUCGGGCCUGA